AUGAGGAAUAAACGAGUUGGUAGAGUGAUCCAGUGGAUCUUUGGAAAGGUGAAGGUCGUGGUGGCACUGAUGUUGAUCAUAUCUGUAACGAUGACAAUACGCGCUCUACUGCAGUCCGAGUUGGAGUCAGUGUCGUAUGCGGUUAAACACUUGUCGCACGUGAAGCGGUACGGUCUAUAUGAGAUUCAAAACAGACUCCAAUUCUACGUCGGCAAUGCCACUAGGCUUAAUAAGCGAAUGUCUGCAUCUGUUAAAAACGUCACAUUCGUGACUGUUAAGACUCCAAAUGGCACAGUGACGUUGAACCCGUCUAGGUCACAGAAGGUCGUAGGAAUUUCCAACAUUAAAAUACAAAGAUUACAUCUAACGACUGGAUUCAAGUACCCGAUGAAUGUUAAUCUGCGCGAGGCAUACCAAAUAAAAACGUUAAAUGGAUCCAACAUCAUCCAGGAACCGCCCAUUAAUCCUCAUCCAUUUAAGUAUCUUCAUCAACCUGGGCCUUGCAAAUUCAACCCAAACGCCUCACGACCUCUUCUCAUCAUCGUCAAGUCGGCCGUGGGGAACGCCGUUAUCCGUGACGGUGUCCGAAGUACGUGGGGCAAUAUAAACGAUCUCGGGAUUCGUCUUGUGUUCGUGCUCGGAGUGAACACCAGUGACCCGGAACUACAGCGUUCAGUGGACAGGGAAGCAGAAUUAUACCGAGACAUUGUACAACAGGACUUCAUCGACAUUUACCAAAAUAACACCUAUAAAACUAUAAUGGCCUUCAAUUGGGGCGUAGAACAAUGUCCGGGGGCAAAGGUCAAUUACUUCGUUGACGACGAUUAUCUGGUGCUACUUCCAAACUUGCUGCAAUACAUUCGGCGCAUGGCGCCUCACAACGUUGAAAACUUAUUUAUGGGCCUUUUGGUGCCUCACUCACGCCCCUUUUCGGACCCUAAAUCCAAAUGGUUUGUACCUCUGUCGGAGUAUCAGUAUGAUUUCUGGGUGCCGUACCUGGCCGGGGGCGCCUUUCUAGUGUCUGACAAAGUUAUGCGCAAGUUCGUCUUCGCUUUCCCAUAUGUCAAGUUCUUGCGCAUCGAUGAUUCUUAUCUGGGGAUCGUAGCCUAUAAGCUCGGUAUUAAACCCCAACCAAACACACUUUUCAACUACAAUCGCGGGGCUAUUAGAAUGGACAGACAGGCGAGAUGGUUCUCCAGCCACGGAUUUAAAGAUCCUGUUGUACUUAAUAAGUACUGGAAAUCACUAAUGACUUUUCUCACUUAG